GUGGCUCAGGAGCUGGCGCGUGUGUGUUUGUGUUUAGCGGUUUGCGAGUUUCACGUUAAUCCGAAAUGGAUCGUAAUUUCAAGACUAAAGCUUCCUUUCAUGGCAAACACCAAAAAGGGAACGUUGCAAAGGGUCCACCGUCGGCUGCUUCACAUCGUAAGAGGACAUGGGUUCCGGGGAGCAAGUUUUUCGAUGGAAGUGUGCAGGAAGGUCUGGGAUUUGCCUUCAAAAGGAAGCAGAAAAUUCAGCAUGAAUACAACAAACUUCUUCGAAAAGAGAGACGAAGAAGGCAGGAUUCCAGGGCGCAGACAACAGAUUACCCAGAGCAUCUGAAGCAUCUCUACAUGGCUGAACAGGAGAGGCUUGACAAAGAAGAGCAAAUGCACACGGAUCGCAGGAGGAAAGGGAGAGCUGCUAAUGCUGAGAAGGAUGAAGGAGAAGACACAGCACAAACCUCCAUCCAUUCCAGCUCUGUCACAGGGAAUGCAGGCUCACUGGAGAACUCUGCUGCUACUGCCUCAUCUGAAGAACUGCCACAGAGCUCACAGAUUGACAGCAGUCCCAUUAAAGGCUCACUGAGACAAAGAAAACAGAAGAACUUAUCUUGCUAUCAGAAGAUUGAGAAAGAAUACGAGAGGUUAAAGGAGGAAAAGGAGAGAAAGAGAGAGGAAUACCUGAAAAACAAAGCACAGCGAGAGGAAGCACUAAAGAGGUACAAGGACAAGAAAAUGGCAACAUAUCAGUUGUUAAAGAAGAAGACUAAGAAAGGUCAGCCCAACUUGAACCUGCAGAUGGAGCUGUUGCUUCAGAAGAUCCAGGCUCAAAGUAAAUGAACAAGGUGGACCAGUUAAAUGCUCAUUGGGGACCUAGCAGACAACAAAAGAAGCCUUGAAAUGUAAGAUUCCUUCCCAGAGUGAAAUGCCGAACGUGUGUUUAAGAAACUGUAUUACAAUCAGCUGUUCUUGAGACUUUUGUUGUAAGGAGGCACUUGAUGCUGCCUGGCAAGCCUUGUGUUUGCUGUGAUUUGUGGAUUAAUUGAGUGAACUGGUUUAUAUAUGUAUAGGAAUUAAGAUAUAGUGCUGGGGGGGAGAAGAUCUUAAAUUCUGCAAAAGUACAAAUUUAUAGUGUGCUUGUUUAUUGCAUUUAUCUGACCUCAGAGUGGUGUUUAUUGUCAAAUACUGUGUUUAUUUGUCACUUUUUGCCACCUUUAUAAAACAAAAAAAGAGAAUUAAGAGACGUACCAGUUUAUGUAGACCACUCUGUUGCUAUGUUUCCGCAGUCAGUUGUUGUAGGGUGCACAUUUCUGGUCUGUGUGGGAGAGUGUGAUGCAUUACCUCAUGCAAGGUAAAAUACAACAUUGACUCACCAUAUAUUUUUAGUCACCCUAGUGGUGCUAACAAAGCUGCAUUUAAACAGUUCAUACUGACAGCUAGACGGGCUGAAGGACGGCCUCAACCCAGUAAGUUUUAACACAGUGAGCAAAGAAGUGCAAACAAGAUUGCUAAAGUGAAGAAUGAGAGAAUCCAUAUCUUCAUACAUGUUGUAAGACUUUUUUUUUUCUUUUUGUUGACCAUUUAAUCAAAAAUG